ACACGCAUAUACUCCGUAUUAUUCACACAUCGACCCCUUUUCUUUUUUCUUUUGAUUUUUGUUGCAUAAUCAAUUCUUUUUUUCCAUUGAAAAUUCAUCAUCUCAACUUGUCUCCUUCAACACAGAAUGAUCCAAUGUCCUCUGGCUUGUUAGUAUUCUCUUUAGGGUUUUGGAUUUCUCGAUUGUGAGAAACUAGGGUUUUCUCUGAUUAAAACCAUAUCCAAUUUGUUUAGUUGAUUGUGGUUUGUUAAUUGUAUGGAGAAUACUAGAUGACCAGGCGAUGAAUCAAGGAGGCAGUGCUAUGAACACCGCAACUGCGUUCGAGCCAGUCCCGCAGGAGAAAAACCAAGUUGUUGAUGUAAAUCAACAAUACACAUCCUCCUAUUAUGCCCCUCCUGGCUCUGCAUCAGCAUCAUGGGCAUCAAAUGUGGCGGGUAACUACAAUACACAGAAUGGAGUUAUUCCAAGUACCAGUUAUGACCACAAUCAAAGAGCUGAGGUGACUUCUGGGAAUGUUCAAGAUGGCUAUAAUUUGACAUCUACUAGUACUACUACAAGUUCAGCAGUGACAAAUGUAACUCAGGAUUACAAUAAUUAUCCCACGUAUACAUCCACUGAUCCAUAUAGCUACAACACUGCAGGAUAUUCGAAUUACUACAAUGGCUAUCAACAACAAGCUAAUCAACCAUAUCCCCAACCGACAGUAGCAUAUCAAAACACGGGUGCUUCUUAUCAGCCUCUUUCUUCAUAUCAGAAUACAGGAUCUUAUGCUGGCGGUGCAAGUUUUUCAAGCACUUAUUACAACCAUGCUGAUUAUCCUACAUCAGGAGCUUAUCCAAGUAGCGGAGGCUACCCAAGUAGCAGCUACAAUAAUCAGUAUGGACAAUAUGCUCAAUAUCCAUCUCAACAGCAUCCUACUCUAAACUCUUCUCAACCAUACCAUACUGCAGAUUCAUCUGCUGGAUACAGUUCUGCAACUUCUGUAUCCAGUUCACAACAAUAUCAACCACCGUAUCAGCAGUGGGGAGGGUAUUACAACCAAGCUCAGACAGAAGUUAGUUGUGCCCCUGGAACAGAAAACCUUACCGUUUCUAAUGUAUCUAGUUUGAGUUGUCCUGUUCCUGGUGUUCCCGGUGUUAGUGGUGGAUACCCAGCUUCAAGUUGCCAACAACCAGCACCUUAUGCUCCACCUUGGAAGCCAAAGUGUGACACUUCUGAAUUUCCAACACUGCAGCCGGCUACCACAAGCGAUAAUGCUCAUGAUAGUUACUGGAAGCAUUGGGAGCAUUCAAGUUCUGUGCAAGAUCAUGUUCAACCUCCACCAGUUCCAGUUCCAACUUAUGAAAGCUUUCACAAUCAACAGACGUUUACAAGUGCCCAAGGACCAAGUGUUCAGUAUCAUAAUUCUCAUCAGUUGAACCAUAGCAAUCCCAAUCACCAAUCAACCUUGCAAACCAUUCAGCAAACUGUUCCACCAGAAGAUACACACAGGGUAAGCAAAAUGCAGAUUCCAACAAAUCCUAGAAUAGCUUCAAAUUUGGCCUUCAGUUUACCAAAAAUCGAUAAGGAUAGCUCUACAACAACUGCAGCUGCAAAACCGGCAUAUGUCAGUGUAUCUUUGCCUAAACAGAAUGAAAAUGUGUCAUCUCAAACUACUGAUUCCAUUCUCAAGCCUACUGUGUUUCCGAAGUCAUUGCGGGGAUAUGUGGAAAGGGCUUUAGCUCGUUGCAAAGAUGAUGCACAAAUGGCAGCUUGCCAAGAUGUCAUGAAAGAGAUAAUCACCAAAGCCACUGCCGAUGGUACACUUUAUACAACUGAUUGGGAUACAGAACCUCUCUUUGCAUUGCCUAAUACAUUUGGGGAGACAAAGGAUGAUAAACAUUGUUCGUUUCCAACUUCUUCAUCAUCAAAGAGUAAAAGAAGUCCCAAUAGGCGAUCAAAAAGUCGGUGGGAACCUUUACCAGAAGAAAGACCAAUUGACAAACAAGCACAUUUUACUCCUCAUGCCAAAAAAUAUGGAAAUUGGAAUAAACAGUAUGCAAGUGGAAAGGUGGAAUCUUCUGCUCACGUGAAGUUCUCUUUACCAGAGCAGAAAUCGCCUAACCUGUAUCCCUUUAGAUCAAUAAAGAAGCAGCGUAUUAGUGGUAGUAUUAGUGGAACUGAAAAUGGUGAAGUGUCUAGUGAUAGUGACAAAGAAAAAGAUUUAACAGCAUAUUGCUCUGCCGCUAUAACACUAGCAGAUUCACCAGAAGAAAGGAAAAGACGAGAAAAUCGAUCAAAGCGUUUUGAAAAGAAAAAUGUUAAUCAAGCAGAAAGCAACAAUGUUAGGGUGAAAAGUGUCGGAGUUGAAAAUGUUUAUUCUAGACGGGCAACAGCAUCUGUACUUAGCCGAAAUUUUGAAGAAAGUGGCAGUGUAGCUGUUGAAGAUAUUGACUGGGAUGCUCUUACUGUAAAAGGAACCUGCCAACAAAUUGAAAAGCGUUAUUUACGCCUUACUUCUGCACCUGAUCCUUCCACGGUACGGCCUGAAGAAGUGCUGGAGAAAGCCCUACUUAUGGUUCAAAGUUCCCCCAAAAAUUACCUAUACAAAUGUGAUCAAUUAAAAUCCAUACGUCAAGACCUUACCGUACAACGCAUUCGUAAUGGGCUAACAGUUAGGGUUUAUGAAACACAUGCUCGAUUAGCCAUUGAAGCCGGGGACUUGCCAGAGUAUAAUCAGUGUCAGUCACAAUUAAAAACACUUUAUGCAGAAGGAAUCAAUGGAUGCCAUAUGGAAUUGGCAGCAUAUGAUUUAUUGUGUGCACUUCUGCACUCCCAUAACAAGAGAGAUCUCCUAUCCGCAAUGUCAAGAUUAUCAGUUGAUGCUAGGGAAAAUACUGCUGUUAAGCAUGCCAUUUCAGUUCGUACGGCAGUGGCAUCUGGAAACUAUGUUCUGUUUUUCAAACUAUACAGAACGGCUCCCAACCUCAACAGCUGUCUAAUGGGUACAAGUUACAGUUUUUGCUUCCAAUACAUGUUGGCCUUGUUUGGUUUAGGGAAGAAAUAGAGAAGAGAGAAAUUGGUGAGAUGGAAAGGGGAGACAAAUUGAGCAGUUUUUUGUGCGGUUUGGUAGGAGAGAAAAAAAAGAAGAAAUUGGAGUGAAUUCUAGUAAUUGAGUUUUUUUUUCAUUUAGUCCAUCAUACAAACAAAUAUUCCCAGUGGUCCAAUGUACUCCGUAUUUUAGAACACUUCCACCAGAGGUACUAACCUUCUGUUAGUUGACUUUUAAGUUGAGUGAUAAAUUUCUGUAUACGUC